UCUCUCUCUCUCUUAUAUCCAUCCGCCCCACUCGUCUCUCUUAUAUCCAUCCGCCUCACUCCUUACACCUAGUAACCAUACACUUAAACUUCUCUCUCUCUCUCUCUCUCUCUCUCUCUACAUAUAUAUAUAUAUAGAGAGAGAGAGACACCCACCCACCCACACAAAAUACAUAUGUAUGUAUGGCUCCCAUGAAGGGUGAGGGAGCUUACAGCAAAGGAGCAUGGACAGCAGAGGAGGACAGGAAAUUGGCUGAGUUCAUUGAGGUCCAUGGGGCUAAGAAGUGGAAGACCGUUGCAAUUAAGUCAGGCUUGAACAGAUGUGGGAAGAGCUGCAGAUUGAGAUGGCUGAACUACCUCAGACCAAACAUCAAGAGAGGCAACAUCUCUCAUGAAGAAGAAGACUUGAUUCUCAGGCUCCAUAAGCUUCUUGGCAACAGAUGGUCACUGAUUGCUGGGAGACUUCCAGGGCGAACAGACAAUGAGAUAAAGAACUACUGGAAUUCUCAUUUGAGCAAAAAAAUAAACCAGCAAGGCAAAGCAAUGGCUACUCCGGCGGCUCAGGAGAGCCCGCCUCAGGCCGCAGACUGCGCUGCGGAGGAGGAGAGGCACGGCGGCGGAGCCACCGGAAGCCGAGACCCAGAAAACAUAAGCUUCGAAUCCGGCGAAUUCUUGAACUUCUCCGGCGACGGGACGUACGGCUUGGAGUGGGUGAACAAAUUUCUUGAGCUCGACGACGAGGACGUUGAUCAGUGGCUUGCUGAAUGAAAAAUCUUUGAAAGUUGCUGCUGUAAUUUAAUUUCCCCGCAACUCAAUUUGAAUAAAUUGGUUGUUGAAUUCA